UCCCAUAAAUAUUACAGUCUGCCCGGCUCUGCUUCCACGUUGCGUGCAUUUUAUUUCCCAAUUCGAUUUGUUUGCUGAAAAUAGUUAUUUCUACUUCUGUUUAUCCAAUGUGUACUGGCCAUGUUUAAUUAACAUAAGUGCUGUUGGUGUGCCGAACCACGUGGUGGAUCGCCACGUACUCGUACUGUUAGUGCAGGAGCUCGUCACCAAAUUAGUCUAUUUCGGGUUAAUGGAGACAUUCCGCUGGAAAUUGUGCCGUUCCACUUGAAAUAUAGAAAGGAGACCCUCUGAUCAUUCCGAUCGGAAUUAGGAAGAAAACGAAACGCAAUCGGAACCUCCCGAGGUGAGCCCACUCAAUUCCACAAUUCGAAAAUGGGUAAGAAGAAUUCCAAGCUCAAACAGGAGACCAUUGAUUCUCUCACUCACGAUACCUAUUUUACCGAGAAGGAAAUCAGGCAAUGGCAUAAAGGAUUUCUGAAGGAUUGUCCUAAUGGUCUCUUGACUGAAAAGGGUUUCAUCCGAAUCUACAAGCAGUUCUUCCCACAAGGCGAUCCUUCAAAAUUCGCUACGCUGGUUUUUCGAGUCUUUGACGAGAAUAACGAUGGAUCUAUUGAAUUUGAAGAGUUUAUUCGAGCGCUAUCAGUGACGUCAAGAGGCAAUCUGGAUGAGAAACUUCAAUGGGCGUUUAAACUCUAUGACGUCGACAACGACGGUUUCAUCACGCGGACGGAAAUGUACAACAUCGUGGACGCCAUUUACCAGAUGGUGGGCCAAACACCGAACUCUGAAGACGAGAACACUCCACAACGACGGGUGGACAAGAUUUUCAGCCAGAUGGACAAAAACAACGAUGACAAGCUGACGCUCGACGAGUUUCGUGAAGGCAGCAAAGCCGAUCCUAGGAUCGUCCAGGCUCUUUCUUUGGGUGACACUUGAAAGCCUAAAUUAGGAGUUCCUAACCCUGAACUGCGAUCCCUCCAGACAAGACAAAACAAAAAACAAUGACAUCAGCAAAACUUGGAUUACUUUUUCUUCUUUCAUAUUCAUUUACAUUUCUUAUCAUGAUACAUUCGGCCAGGUCUACUAUCAUACUUUUUUCAUUUCUCGUUUCUUACAUGUACUUUCUUCUUUGCUCAUAUUUAUUUCACAUGUAUUAAGCUAUCCAUUUCCCCCCUUUUACAUUUUCAGAACACAAUCUGUCAUGUGAAGAUCACCCCUUUUUCCAUAAUUCUACUUCACUUUGGCAUAAAUUUACACUUGCAGUCUUUCUUCUUCUUUUUUCUCUCUCUCAUUGUUUUGUUUGAAGUUCUUUAUGGUUCUCUCGUGGUGUGGUUCUUAUUCGGUCGUCCUAUUUUUUUCGAAUAAUAAUCCACUUGUUUUUUUUCUUUUCUUGUCUCUGUCGUCUGCUGUGCGUGUGAGUAACCGGAAAAACAAACAACGGCCAUUCAAUUAUAUUUAGCAGCUUUGAGUGAGAAUUUACUUCAUAUUAUAUCUUUAUUAUUACCAAGUUGUUUCCCUUAAUAAUAACUUUUUCAUUCCUAUAUACAGUCGAUUGAUGAGAAAAAAAAAAAUAAAACGAAAGGUUUAAGAACAAAAGUUCUCCAUAAUACACCGUUGUCAAUUUUGGGAAUGGUUUCCACCCUAA